AUGUCAGCACCACAAGUAGUCAUAAAUGACGAUCCUAAGAUCCCCAAUUUCCCUAUACAGACCAAUUUCAAGAAAUCCAAUCAUCAAAUGAAGAUAGUUGUUGUUGGAGAUGGUGGAUGUGGUAAAACCUGUCUUUUAGUAAGUUAUACCCAACUGAAGUUCCCAGAAAUAUAUGUACCUACAGUGUUUGAGAAUUAUGUAGCUAAUGUAGUGUCACCACAGAAUAAGUUAAUCGAAUUGGCAUUAUGGGAUACUGCUGGCCAAGAAGAAUAUGAUAGAUUGAGACCAUUAAGUUAUCCAGAUGUUGAUGUUUUAUUAAUAUGUUUUGCCUUAGAUAAUAUCAUAUCGUUACAGAAUGUUAAAGAUAUUUGGUUUCCUGAAGUUCAUCAUUUCUGUCCUGGAAUUCCCAUUUUAUUAGUUGGAACUAAAUCGGAUUUAUCAAAUACUAUUGAUCCUGAUUUAGCUAUUCAAUUAGCUACUGAAAUUAAUGCUGCCGGAUAUAUCCAAUGUUCAGCUAAAACCAUGUUCAAUGUUAAAAGUGUUUUCAAUUUCGCCAUUAAUAUCUUUAAUGAAAAAUUAGAAGCUCUUGAUAAACAAAAGAAACGUAAAAGUUUCUUGGGUCAUAAUAAAUCAUCAAGUGUUGGGUCAAAAGGACAUUUUAAAAAUACUUCAAUUACUUCAUCAAUCUUAUUUGAUCAACCAUUAACCGAAGAAGAAAGAAAUCCUUAUACUGCCAGGGAUAAUCAUUAUGAUUAUGAUGAAUUUACUUAUGCUAGAGAUACUAAGAAGAAAUCCAGAAAAUGUAACAUAUUGUAA